AUACAGGAAGUUUUUCGAGCUGGACCGUCGGAGCAUCUUUUGCAGCAGCAUCCACCCAUCAACAUCCACCCAUCAACCUAGCUAACCUAAUACUAAAUAUGCCAAGAACCGAGGGGCAAUUCACUGAACUAAUUCAGGGCUGGACCAUGUGGUGAUGAGCGGUGUGCCAUGCAGAGGAGACACAGCAGCAACACGGAUGGCAUGCCCUCUGAAAGGAGCCGAAGCCAAACUCUGGGAUCCGAGAGCAGCCUGGAUGAAGGUGGCGUGUUUGACUGCCUGAAGCCUGACUCCCCCGCUUCACCCCAGCAGAUCUUCUCUGGCCUGGUGGGUGUCCCCUCCGGUUCUGUCUCCUCUGCCCAAUUCCAGGCAGCUGGCUUAGUCCUGGGCUCUCCCCCUGAAGUUUUUAUCCAGAUGACUGCAUCAUCCAGAGAAGAAGGGGGCCCCCACCGUACGGAGGGUGGACCUUUUCUCCCUCGGCCUCCCCCGCACCACCAUCACCACCACUUCCACCACCAGCCCUUGCAGCACAGGACCUCCUCUCUGCUCCAGCAGGCCACCACAGCAGCUGGCUCGGAGAGGCACAGCUCCAGGGAAGAGGCCCAGGAAGACCCGUCUACCCCGGCCCCAGCCCUGUCUGAGUUGAAGGCAGUAGUCACAUGGCUGCAGAGAGGCUUCCCCUUUAUCCUCAUUCUGCUGGCUAAAGUCUGCUUCCAGCAUAAGCUAGGUAUUUCUGUGUGUGUGGGCAUGGCCAGCACCUUCACCUAUGCCAAUUCCACGUUUAGGCACCAAGUGUCAUUACGGGCGGAACGCUCUGUGUUUGUUGCUCUGUGGAUCAUCAUGUUCCUUGCAGGAAAUAUAGUCUAUAUCUACUAUUCGUUUAGUCAUGAGGAGCUGCACAACAGCCUCAUAUUUGCCAAGCCCAACCUUAACAGCUUUGACUUCUUUGAUCUGAUCUGGGCAGUGGGCAUCACUGACUUUGUCCUCAAGUACUUCACCAUCAGCCUGAAAUGCUUUGUUCUCUUUUUGCCCAAGAUUCUCCUGGCCUUCAAAUCCAGGGGUAAGUUCUACCUACUGAUUGAGGAGCUGAGCCAGCUGUUUCGGGCCCUGGUUCCCAUCCAGCUGUGGUACAAGUACAUCAUGGGAGAGGACCCCUCCAACAGUUACUUCCUGGGAGCCACACUCAUCAUCAUCUACAGCCUCUGCAAGUCAUUUGAUAUCUGUGGACGUGUGUCUGCCAUACGCAAGGCCUUGGUCAUGCUUUGCAGCUCUCAGAAUUAUGGAAUUAGGGCAGGCAAUCAGCAGUGCAGGGAGGCGGGUGAUGUCUGUGCUAUUUGUCAGGCUGAUUUCAGAGACCCCAUAGCCCUUCUCUGUCAGCACGUGUUCUGCGAGGAGUGCCUGUGUUUAUGGUUCGACCGGGAGAGAACAUGUCCGCUGUGUCGCUCCACUGUCAUCGAGACCCUGCGAUGCUGGAAGGACGGCACCACCUCAGCUCACUUCCAGAUCUACUGAGUUAUGGCAACAUAUCCCAUGCACCCAGCAAGAUGUGAUUGUGCUGUAACACGAGUUAGACAAUGGUGACGGUGGGUCAUCUUUUGCUGUUUAUAUUAGUGCGGUAUUUUAUUUAAAUCAGGGUAAAGAGUUGACGUACCACACAUUACGUAGGGAGGUAACUUUAUUAUUAGAGGCAUUUGAAAAGACCAGAAAAUACGUUGAUCAGAUUAUUAAGUGUGCUAAAUGCACAAACCAUUUAGCAACAUGGAAUGACUUAAAAGAAACAUAAAGCUUGGACUUUUUUCAGUUUUAGAAUUGGUCUAUAGUCAUAUUGUUAUGGCAAAAAUCCUGUUUGUGUACAUAUAGACUUAUUCACUGUUUUACUCUAAACACAUGAUAGACAAAUGUAAAUUCUAACAAAAUUUGGAUUUAUUGUGGUGGUAAUAUAAAUUGUCACAGCAUUCACACUCUUUGUGUUAAAUUUAGUAAUUUUUGGUAAACUCUAAGAUUUUGUCAUCUCAUCUGUUUGCUGUCUAUAUAACUUGCCCUAUUGUAUUACUUGUCAAGUUUUUCAAUAUUUAUUUUAAAAUGGGAUAUUUACAACACAACAUGAUGUCUUAGAAUGAUAGUAAGUACAAAAUCAGUAAGUCUGUAUGUACAGUUGUUCUUCGUAAGCAAGCGAUUUAUUUAUUUAAGGUGGUGUGUGCCAGCAAGGCAUCAUAAUCAUACCCUUUUUUAGAUAUCCAAAUUUCCAUACAUUUACAUAUUCAUUGAAAGGGAGCUCAUGUCUGAUCAUUUUUCAUGCUUUUCCAAACUUUUUUUUCAUUGUUCUUCCUUAAGAAUAUUGUUUAUAUGAAUCAUUUCCUUUAGAAUAGUCAUUCUCGGGUUGUAUAAUAGAUACUAUGAUUUUAAUGCAGAAUGCACUGCAGUGCAGAGGUUUUCCGUUUUAAAUUAAAGUACUUUUGCUCACU